AUGACUUUCCAUUGUUGCAGGAAAACUAGAAAUGACGAAGAUGAUCCCCUUGUCGUUGAAGCUAAAAAUCAAGAAGACAAGUUUCAAAAGACAACUAGAAAAGACGAAGAUGAUUCCCUCGUCGUUGAAGAUAAAAAUCAAGAAGACAAGUUUCAAAAGACAACUGGAACAGACGAAGAUGAUGAUUCCCUUAUUGUUGAAUUUGGAAUUCAAGAAUACAAGUUCCCACCAGUGGCAGGAAGACGCAUUUGUGAUAUUAAUUAUAUAUUUAGUCAAUUACAAGAAAAAGCACGUCACAACAACUUGUUUGACUGCAAAGCUGGAAAUUUUCAGCUAAUCGGUGAAAAAAGGGUUGGCUUACUUUCAGUAUAUAAGUUUGAAUGCAAUAUUUAUAAACAAAUUUGCCUUAUAAAAUCGGAAAAUACUGACUCAAAUGUUAAUGUGAAUAUCGCAGCUACCACUGGCAUGGUCGCAACAGGCAUCGGCUUCUCACAAUUCGAAGAGCUUUUUUCUGCAAUGAAUAUUCCUGUAUUUUCUACAAAAUAUUACAAUCAACUCCAGGAUCAAGUGUACGAAUGUUGUGAAAAAACAGCAGCCGAAUCGUGGCAAGAUGCUGCAGAAGAAGAAAAACAUUGGCUAUCGCAGAAGGUCGCACCAAAAAUGGCAUACCGGUAA